CGGGAAUAUCCCCAAUGAUGACACCCUCUCCAAAGAAGAAAAACGCCGCAGGAGAAUAGAGCAGUUGGCUGCUUGGAAGCUCAAAAAGGAACAGGAGAAGUCACAAGAAAAGAAUGAACCUAUAGAGGCCAAGCCUCAAGCAACAGUCUCUGAGAAGCCAGAGUCGAAUCCAGCCGAGGACAAGAAGCUUCUUGGCCAAAAACGGUUGGAGGAAUGGAAGCGCAAAAAGGCACAAUCUGGCGCUACUCCAAAAACGUCCACAUCGUCAGGCACCAAAACAUCCAUAAAAAUCGGGGUCAAGAGGCUUCAGCCUGCCAAUUCAUCACAGGAAGCAAGUGUGAAAAAGAGGGCUGUGUUUGACGACGACGACGACGAGGUGGCAGUAAAGAAGCCCAAGUUCAAGGUGCCUACAAUGGACGCAGGACCAACCACAGCUGAACAGGAAGAAGCUGACGAAUUGGAGCUUUACUUGAAGAGCCUUGAAAGUGACGGAUCUGGUGCUGCUUUGGCUCAGGAAAACCCCUUUAACGACGGAGACGAGCAGGGAGAUUUGGAAGAAGAGCUCUUGGAAGAGGAAGAGGAACAACAGCGGUUGUUGGCGUCCAAAUUAAAGAAACAGAACAAAGAGAAGGAGUUGAGCUCGAUAGACCACAACAAACAACUGUACAAACCGUUCAGAAAGGUCUUCUACAGCGACCCCAUGGAGAAGUUGGUAAAAGCCAAUCCAGAGUUGCUGGAAUACUUGAAGGAAGACUUGGGAGGCAUCAAGGUCCGAGGAGCGAAUGCUCCUUUGCCUGUGCACAAUUUUGCCCAGCUUGGUCUUCCAUCCUCGUUCAUGGGUAUCAUAGAGGAAAAGUUGAAGUUCACAAAGCCUUCUUCGAUUCAAGCUCAGGCACUUCCCUCAAUCAUGCAAGGCCGGGACUUCAUAGGAAUUGCCAAAACUGGCUCGGGAAAGACCCUUUCGUUUGUGCUACCCAUGCUAAGGCACGUACAGGACCAAGACCCCUUAGAGAAAGGCGACGGACCCGUAGGCUUGGUGAUGACCCCUACAAGAGAGCUUGCCCUACAAAUCCACAAAGAGGUGAUGAAUUUUGCACCCAAACUCGGUAUCACGGCCAGCUGUUGCUAUGGUGGCUCGUCGAUAGAACAACAGAUUGCAGAAUUGAAGAAGGGUACACAAAUAGUCAUCGGAACUCCUGGAAGAAUAAUUGAUUUGCUUUCUGCUAAUGGAGGAAGAGUCACUAACUUAAGAAGAGUCACUUAUGUGGUGCUAGACGAGGCAGACAGGAUGUUUGAUAUGGGGUUUGAGCCUCAAGUUACCAAAGUGUUCAGUCAAGUGAGGCCUGAUCGUCAAACGGUAUUAUUUUCAGCGACAUUUCCCAAGAAGAUGGAGCUUUUAGCUAGGAAAAUCUUGCAGGACCCAAUUGAAGUAUCUGUGGGUGGAAUCAGUGUCGUUGCUUCUGAAAUCAGCCAGAAAGUCGAGCUCUUUGACAUGGACAAAUUGAACAAGACUCUUGACGAGGACAAGUUUGAGAAAUUGGUAGAGACUAUUGAUCAGUUCAGAAUCGCUGAUAAGAAAGGCAAGAUACUAAUCUUUGUUGAAAAGCAAACCAACGCUGACGAUAUUCUUGUGAAAUUAUUAUCGAAGAAUAUUGCAUGUAAGGCCAUUCAUGGAGGGAAGGACCAAAUGGACAGAAAGCAUGCAAUCAAGGAGUUCUCCUCUGCUUCUAGUGGAGUUGAUAUAUUGAUAGCAACUUCUAUUGCAGCCAGAGGUCUUGAUGUUAAGAAUUUAAACUUGGUGAUUAAUUACGAUGCCCCAAACCAUAUGGAAGAUUACGUGCAUAGAGUGGGACGGACUGGAAGGGCUGGCAAUAAAGGUGUGGCUAUAACAUUUGUCAGUUCGGACCAGGAGAGGUCUAUAACUGAUCUUGUGCGAGCCAUGCGCUCUAGCAAGAUGGAGGAAAAGGAAAUCCCUCAGCAAUUGAUUGAUAUUAGCACAGCCUUCCUUGACAAGGUCAAGAGCGGAAAGGAAAAGUUUCAGUUCGGCUUUGGAGGAAAAGGCUUGGAUAACUUACAGGAAAGAAGAGAUAACAGUAUGGACCUUCAGAAGAAGGCUUAUGGGGGCGAUCCAGAAGUUGCAAAACUUUCAACUCCUGCUAAACCUGAUUCCGCUACAACUAAUCCAGAAGUGGCAGAUAAAUUGCCAGACUUCAAAAUAAUUGAAGGAAGAGCACCUGAAACAUCAGGUCCAGACAAAUGUAAGUUUCACUCACGUAUCACCAUCAACGAUUUGUCUCAAAAAGCAAGAUGGGUGGUUGUCAACAGAGAAAGUCUUUCCAAGAUCAUUGAAGCUACAGCGACCUCCAUCACGAACAAGGGCCAGUUCUACCCACCAAACACAUUUCCGAAAACAGGAAAGAAAAAUGGAAAAGAGGUUCCUCCAAAGCUUUACUUGUUGGUUGAAGGAUUGACCGAGAGUUCUGUAAGGGAGGCGAACAACAUGCUCAGACAACGAAUGAUCGAAGGUUUGGAAAUUGCUGCCAAGGAAGAAAGCAUGGCACCAACAGGGAAGUACACCGUUUGAUAUGGGAAGGAAUUAUUUAGAAACACGAGUAGAUAUUCGAGUGUGGUACAGGCAAGAGUAAUAAAUGUAGGAUGAGG